AUGCUGCUUCUGAGCUUCUCCAACCCUCCUCCUGGCAUUUCUCACACCUGCAACCUCUCUGCAUCCUGGUAUCAUCCUGAGAGUUCCAGUCCUCUCACUCAGCAUCCUCCCAGGGCCACCUUGGUGACACAGCCUGAAAAUGUUGAGCACUUUGCCAUCUGCUGCUUCCCAGAAACAGAUGCUCAGGCACUUCCAGCUCUGGGAAUCCGUGUUCACGUGGCUUCCGGAACAGCUCUUUGUCUGCUGCUGGACUUUGGGGACAAUUGUGGAGCUCAGAUGAGACUGUGUACAUUGGCAGGUGCAACUACUGUGACUGGCUACCAUCAGUACAGGAAAGAAGGAGUCUAUGAGCUCAAGGCUGUUGUCCAUGACUUUCAUAGAGCCGAGGAACUGGGGCCCUAUUAUGUGGACAUUAGCCAUGGGAAUGUGUCUGUCUUCAUGAAUUCCAGCUCUAUCCAUGAUAGCGAAGCUCUUUCCUUUGCUGACUCCCUCCCACAGCAGAGAGGCACAGUCGUGGUGCAUUGUUUUUCAUCCAUUUCUUCAUACAAUGUGUCCUUUAUUUCUCAGACCCAAGUGGCCAGCGGCCAGGCCUGGUGUGGUGUGACUGUUGGGUAUAAGAUGCAAUCCGUGUCUGUCUAUACCAAUGGAACUGUGUUUGCUGCUAACACAAACAUCACAUUUGUGGCUAUUACCGAGGAAACUAUACCCCUGGAGUUCGCUUGGUAUUUCGGAGAGAACCCACCAGUGAUGACAACUUCCAGAAGCAUUAGAAGAAGGCUGAGCGUCCCUCAGUGGUACCGUGUGAAGGUCAAGGCCACCAGCAGGAUCGGCAGUGUGGUCUCUGAACCCCACCUCAUCAGGGUGCAGAAGAGAAUCAUGGCCAAUCGACUUGUGUCCACUGCCUCAGCCCUGGUAAAUGCCAAUGUGUCCUUUGAGUGCAGGCUCAACUUUGGCACUGAUGUAGCCUACCUUUGGAACUUUGGAGAUGACACCAUUGAGUUGGGCAGCAGCUCCUCCAGCCAUGUCUACAGCAGGGAGGGAGAGUUUACAGUUGAAGUCCUUGCCUUCAAUAAUGUCAGCUCCACUACCCUAAGAAAGCAGCUUUUCAUCGUGCGGGAGCCUUGCCAACCACCCCCAGUGAAGAACAUGGGGCCUGCGAAGGUGCAGAUAUGGAGGUCUCAGCCCCUGAGACUAGGAGUGACAUUUGAAGCUGCCAUCCUCUGUAACAUUUCCCAAGGGCUUUCCUACACCUGGAGCUUUGUGAGUGCUGAGAUGACCACUGUUACCCUCCCUACUGCUGUCAACACCCGCAGACAGACCAUCAUGCUCCCAAGCUACACACUGGAAUGUGGGAACUACACCGCCAUCGCCAAGGUUCAGAUCAAGGGAAGCAUGGUGUAUAGCAACUACUGUGUUGGUGUAGAAGUUCGAGCUAGGGCGCCUGUCAGCGUCAUCUCUGAAGGCACACACAUCUUCAUCUCCACGGCCACCUCAACCUUCAUCAUCCUCAGAGGGGCCCAGUCCUAUGACCCUGACAACCCAGGGGCUGCUCUCAGGUAUCACUGGACUUGCACAGCGGCCAGCUCACCAAGGUGGCCCUGCUUUGAUAACUCUACUUCAUACCAAGUGGACACGCAAGCUCCUGCCAUUUCCUUCCCAGCAAAAUGGCUCAGUGAAUGCUGUGACCAGUUCCUUGUGACACUGACGGUCUCUAGCAGGGGACAGAACUCAUCACAGGCCUUGAUGUUCCUGUCUACCCGUCCUGACUUGGCCUUCAGAUUCGUCCACAUCUCAUGGGUCAACUUUAGAGACAUCUCUGUGAACUGGAAUGAAGAAGUGUCUCUCCGGGCUGUGUGUGAAGACUGUGGAGAUGUCCCAGACCUCACGUAUUCCUGGGACCUCUUCCUAGUCAAUGCAACAGAGAAGAGUGCAGUGGAAGUCCCCUUCUGUAGUACUGUGGGGCUGCUAGGUGCCUUGGCACUUGGGACCAGUCUGAAGUCCUCUAAGUCUGAUCUGCCAUCAAAUCUGAGAGCACCACUGACACCACACUCACCGGAGCCUUCACCCACGCCUCUGGGCUGGACAGCUCUUUCCAACCUGGGAAGCAUUUCUGCUGAGUCCACAGCUGGUGGCCACCACGUUCCUGCUUCAGGAGCUGUGGCAGGCUCAGGGGAGCCUAUGGAGGAGUAUAGCUCACUGAGUUCCCUGGCUGAGGAAGCCCUGAUGACGAACAGCUCUGAGGGAAGCUGGCCCUCCCCCAGCUCUUCCACUGACUUUGAUGAUUUUGAAGCCUAUUAUAGCGACAUCCAAGAAGCAGUGCUAUCCCUAGGAAGACAACCAGGGACCAGUACAAACUUCCAGGAAGCAGGACCAAGCCUGAGUGCUGAGGAGAGUGCCAGUUAUGGGGACAACCUGCUGGGCCCUUUCCUCCACACAGGUAGAGCAAAGCCAACUCUCAUGAUCGACUGGCCCAAGGCCCUGGUCAGCCAAGCUGCCUUCCAUGGCUACACCACAUCAGGUAUCAUGGGACCAGCUGUGACAAUAAAACCAUUCUCACUGAGCAGUGGCAAGACAUAUGUCUUACAAGCUUCUGUAGCUUCAAAGCAUGUCUUACUGGGCAAGGCUCAGCUCUACUUAACGGUCAACCAAGCUCCGCAGGACAUGUCUUGUCAGGUGCGACCCCACCAUGGUAUGGAGGCAUAUACCAUCUUCAGUGUCUUCUGCAUGUCAGGGAAACCGGACUUUCAUUAUGAAUUUCGUUACCGGAUAGGAAACACUUCCUCACAUACCCUGUACCGUGGUCAAGACACCCAGCAUUAUUUUUUAUUGCCAGCUGGUGAUUCUUCGGACAAUUACAAAGUCAUUGUUUCAACUGAGAUCACAGAUGGCCACGGCUCCAAGGUGCAGCCAUGCACUGUGGCGGUGACUGUGCUACCCCGUUACCAUGGAAAUGACUGCUGUGACAAGGAACUAUAUAACUCCACUCUGGAAAGCCUGUCUACUCUCCGGCUGGCAGGAAGUUACAUGGAAACCAGGAACUACAUUACCAUGAUCACUGGGAUCCUGAGCCGCUUGUAUGUGGAGAGCAGAAACACUUCUUCGUGUGGUCAGUGGUCACAAAUACAGGAUGUAUUAAUUUCUUCAGCAUGCAAAGUACCUUAUACAGAUCAGGAAGGAAUGAUGGAUUCUAUUCAUAUAUUGAGAGACCUCAUAAGCUUCCCUAAUAAGUUGAGCUUGACGAGUGCCAUGUGCAUCUUCAAAUACACCAAGAUGUUCCUUGCUCAAGGCCAGUUCUCCAGGAGGUUGCUAGUCGACAAAAAACUAAGAGUUGAAUUUGUCCUUCUCAUCUCUGGAGUCUGGGAAGCUGCCAAAGAGGAUGCGAGGGAUGGGGACUAUCUGCAGGAAGAAGGCAUGAAGAUCAUCUCUGACAUGUUACUAGCCUGUCUCUCAGACGAGCAUCAGAUUCACGUAAGCACUGGGCAGAUGGAGUUCCAGACCCUUCUCCAUCGUAGCCCUCAGAGCUCUAUCCAGAACCUAGGCUUCGUCCAGGUACAUUUCCCCAGUGACCUGGCCUCCUUGCACAGUACUACUCAAGAGGCAACACAAAGCUCAUGCUAUAUCAGCCAGCUCAUGUUCUUCAUGAAGAGUCCUUAUCUAGGGGGACAAGUUCCUGGGCAGGUGGGUGGUGUCAUGAUCCCUAGGCUCUAUAGCUGCGAGAGUAGAAGACCUAUCCUCAGAGGACAACUGGAGACACCUGUGACUAUGGAGUUUGGGGAAGAAGACUACCUGGUAAAGCACAAGAGAAAUCCAGCCAUGUUUGUGUUGCUUCGGGAUGAGGUGAAUGUCCACCGGUUUACUGGGCUUUCAGAAAACUCCCAGGAAUCUUUACAGAUACACAUCAAAUUCUCUAAGCCCGUUACAAGACCCUUUCCCAUCAUACUGUUAGUAAGGUUCUCUGAGAAAGCCACGCCUUCUGAUUUUCUUGUGAAGCGGGUCUACUUCUGGGAUGAGCAGACUGUACAAAUGUAUGUACCUGCUGCUCCAUGGAAAGGAGCCAAUGUGGGAUAUUUAUCGCUAUUAGAUGCUGACUAUGACAGGAAACCUCCAAACAAAUAUCUUGCUGGGGCUGUAAACUAUACAGUGCAUUUCCAGUGGAUCCAAUGUGUGUUCUGGGACAAGACAGAGUGGCGAUCUGAAGGUCCCUAUCCACAGCCAGGAUCGUCUCCUGAAAAAGUCAACUGCAGCUACCAUCACCUUGCACCUGUCUCUGUCCUAAGAAGAAAGCUGAAUGCCACUCUUGAAGUGAGCAGCAUUUCUGAGUUUCAGAGUCACCCACACAACUUGCUCCCCGGUAUUUUCAGUGCAUUUCUCUUGGUUCUUUAUGGAAUUUUGGUGAGUAAAAGCAGAUAUGUAGACUGUCAUGAGAAAAAGAAUCCAGGUUUUAUUUUUCUGGAAGAAGAUACACUGCCUGGCUACCAGCUGUAUGCAGUCGUCAUCGACACUGGCUUCCGGUCACCAGUCAGAUUUACCUCAAAGGUUUUCAUUGUUCUAUGUGGUGAAAAUGGAUGCUCAGAAACGAAAGAACUCUGUUGUCCAGAGAAGCCCUUAUUUGGAAGGAAUUCCAGGCACACCUUCAUUCUGAGCAUACCUAACCAACUGGGUCCACUCCAGAAGAUCCGCCUCUGGCACGACAGUAGUGGAUCUUCCCCAUGCUGGUUCAUCAGCCACGUGAUGGUGAAGGAGCUAUGCUCAGGACAAGCCUGGUUCUUCUCUGCUCAGUGCUGGCUGGCUGUGAGCAAAUUGGGUGGCCAUGUAUUACGAGAAUUCUUCUGCCUGAGCCAUGGUCUCGGUUUCUGGAAGCUUUUCUAUUCAAAGUUCACUGAGUACCUGGAGGAUUUCCACAUCUGGCUCUCACUGUACAGUCAGCCCCCAUCCAGAAGCUACCUACACACACAGCGGCUUGCCGUGUCCUUCUGCCUGCUGUGUGUCUACUCGUGCCUCACUGCCCUGGUCACUGUGCGAGACCAUCAACAGCGCCCCCUGGAUGUGGGGCCCACAGCUAUCACUCUGGAACCCUUCUGUAUGGCUCUACUGUGCACCCUCCUGGCCUGUCCAGUUGCACAGCUUCUGUCACUGCUCUUCAGGUGCAGCAAGGAAGCCAGAGGGGAUAUGCAGGCUUCAACACAGUGGCCUCUAAGAGGAGUGAAGACAGAGACACCUCAGGGCCAUGAUUCCAGUGGGAGACCAGAUUCAAGGCAGCCCUCACCACAUCCCACAUCAGACCUUCUCCCCUGGAAUGACCAAGCUUGGAGGAUAGCAGCCAGCAGCAGUGCUGUGGUCUGUUCACCGUUCCCAAUGGAGGCCUGCAGCCAUAAGCAUCAUGAUCUGAGAGAGAAGAGCCAUUACUCUCCUCCCAGUUCACAAGCUCCUGGCAGUGGUUUUGAAGAACUUGGGUCCCAGAAGUCAAGGGUCUGUCUGCUCUGGUCAAGCUCUGUGGCCUGGGCUAUCUCUGGAUCAGCUUCCCUGGCCUGUGGUUUGGGGACAGGAUUCCUAGGCUACUGGUUUGUGCCAGCACAGUGUAUGUGGUGGCUAUACCUGCUGCUUCUCUCUCUGGUCUGCUGCGCAUUCAUCACCCAGCCACUCAUGAUCUGCUUGGCAGCACUUGUCUUUGCUUGGAAACGGAAACAUGACAGCAAGUUUUUUACUGAGUCUUUACAAGAUGCGACCAAGGGUCUGGAUUUGGAAUUGGAAGAACAUUCCAGAACCCGUGUUCCUCUUUCUCCUAUCUCCUAUAGUCCUGACACUGCUGAGGAGGCUGAAAGGGUCUUGGCUACCCGACAACGAGAACGCCACCUGCGCUGGGCUCAGACACCAUCCAAGGCUAAGCUCAGAGUGACCGGGGAGAGACUGAGGAGAGAGAGCAUCAUGCAGGCAGCCCUGAGAGACAUGACCACACACAGCAUCAUGCUACUGCUGCUUUUGUUUAUAGCAUAUGGGAGAUUCUGCCCAGGUGAAAUUUCUCUCAAUCAUGCCAUCAGGAAAGCAUUUACAAGAAAGGCCAAUCACUCCUUGGGGGACCUCAGCAGCACAGAAGACUGGUGGGACUGGACGCUGAGCACACUGCUAGAUGAGCUGUACCCAGAAAGAACAUCUGCUAGAGCCUGGGGGGCUCAGCCUGGAGCUCUUGGAGGGCAAUGCCACCUAAUAGGCCCCCCGGUGGUCAAACUGCUGAAGAUUUCUGCUGGCACUGCAUGCACGCCUCCCAGACCAUUCUCAGAGCUUGUGGAAGAUGUACUUCCUAUGCACAGCAAUGACCUUGACCUUGAGAACCAAAAUGUGUCCCCUGGCGGCCCUGAGACCUGUGGCGUGAAGAAAGAGAGCUACAUGCAUAGCCUAGGAAAAACAAGACAUGAAGCCCAUGCAGCUCUGACUGCCCUCAGGGCUAGCAAGUGGAUCGACCACAGCACAAGGGCCAUGUCUGUGCACUUCACUCUCUACAACCCUCCAACACAACUCUUCACAAGCGUGAUCCUGGGCACAGAAUGUCUCCCCUCAGGAGGUCUUGUCCCCUCAUUCCUGGUAGAGUCCUUCCGCAUCUUCUACAGUGACUCAGCCCUAAAGUACCUUCUUAUGCUUUCUGAGCUGCUGUUCCUGGUACUCAACGUGAUCCACCUCUGUUUCCAGCUCUGGGGGAUGACAACCAAGGGCAUCCUCAGCUACUGGAGAAAACCAAGACACUGGCUGGAGCUCUCUAUGGUUGGAGUAGCAAUAGCCUACUAUGCAGCCUCUGGUCACCUCACUACUCUUGCUGUGAACAUCACCGACCAGUUCCACAAAGGACUUUAUCAGAGGCUUGUGGACAUCGGCCUGAUGGUGUCAUGGCAUCAGAGGGCGCGAUGCCUCCAAGGAAUCCUCUUGUUCCUCUGGAUGUUGAAAUAUGUUCAUCUUCUCAGCUCUCUAAGCACCAUGACACCCUUCUCAGCAGUGACCUGUUUUCCUCUCUUCAGAGUCUUGCUGGUGGGGGCCCUAUUGCUGGCUGCCCAUUACCACUCGCGCUGGUUUCUGCUCUUCACCGGGACACUGUCACAUGGCACCUCGGCAGAAGCAUUUCCUGGGCUACUGCUUCAAUUUCCUGGAAGAAGUAAAAAAGACUCAUGGCAUAACUGUUUGAAGUCUGACCACGGAGUUAUGCGUUGUUACUAUGGGACCCUCUUUCUGUUGCUGGCUACUCUGGGUUUCAGAAUGUUGAGAGCUACCUUCCUGACUGUUUUCCAAAACAGAAAGUCUUCUCACAGAAAACCUCUCGUGACACUUAAAGACAUUGCUGUUUACACAUGGCAUAAAGUCCUCACCCUUCUGGGGCUGGAAACAACUUUGGAAGAGACUGAAGUGGCUACAGACCAUAUUUAUUACCUGGAUGAAUUUUCAAGUCUCUUGGAUGAACUUCUGAUGAAGAUCGAUGGUUUGUCUGACAGCCUAGAACUUUCUAUCCUAGAAAACCAAUGGAAGAGAGCACUAGAGUCAAGGGCAGGUGACAGUCCUCCAGUUGGCAGUUCAGAGUACCAAGCUACUGGGGUACCUUUGGAGGCCAGAAGAGAGCACUAUACUCGGAUCCCCUGGAACCCUACUUAUAGGCACUUGUCAACAGUCAGAUGAUGGUGCUGAGAAAUGAACCUGUGUCCUUCCUGUGCAAGGGUCAUAACUUCCUCUUCCUCUUCAAACUCUGAACCACAACCUGAACACUGGAAACCUGUAGUUCAAACCAUCAUCGGGGACUAUCUGUAUAUAUAACCAGGAACUCUGUCCCAGGGUUAAAAAGAAUAGAUUUAAAUCUGUUAAAACUAGGCAAAACACAGCAGAGUAGUUACCAGACUUAAAGUAUAAGCAUCAUUCUGUUGCUGUCUAGAUAUUGCCACUCGCUGCUUCUACAUGAUUUAAAACUUAAAAGGCUGUUAUGUUUUAUUACUUAUUACUUGUAAUUAUUAAAUUGAUCUGAAUGCU